GCCAAAGUAUAUCGGCUGGUCCAGCAAUCAUAGACGACGCUUCCUAAAGAACGGGGCCCGGAAGCCAGCCGCAUGGAACCCUGGACUAUUGAGCGUAUGGUCAAUAGUUGUUCCAAGUUCCACAGUUCAAACAUGGAUCUUUUGCCGCCUACCAUCGUUUGGUUUUAUCGCGAACUGCGAAUCGGAUCAUGCGAUCGACGAGGCUCGACCGCCGUCAUAUUCUUUUAUGAUUCCAACGACUCCCAAUAUUUCCCUUUCCAAACCUGCAAGCAAUAGCAUUUUGUGUGUGGUUCUGGCGUCGGCUUCAAGAUGACGACGAGUCAACCGCACGAUGUCUACCACACGGUCAAUCUCGUAACACAAUGUCUGUGCAUUCCGAUCGUCUCGAUCUUUGUGGCUUUGCGCUUCUACACUCGAUGGCGAUUCAAGCAGAGCCUCGGAGUUGAAGACUAUGCAUGCGCUGUAGCUUGGGCACUUUUCAUGGGAUACUGCGGGAUCAGUAUUGUCGUCGGAAACCAUGGCGGAGGUUACCACUUCGACGAGUUAAGCCACGAAACCCAGAUCCAAUACAAGAAGUUCUGCUAUAUCGCCACCAUUCUCUACUGCCCGAUGGCCCUCUUCGUCAAAAUCGCCCUCCUAUCGAUCCUCACUCGCAUCUUCGCUCCGUACCGUGGCAAGGUGUGGUUCAUCUACAUCCUACUCGGCUGCCUGUGCGUCUAUUACAUCAUCGCCCUCAUCAUCAAGAUCCGGAUGUGCUACCCUAUUCCCCUAUACUGGCUCGGAGAACUUCCAAACGGCGAAGGCUCAUGUCUGGAUCAAAAUGCCGCCUUGAUCGCCGACUCGGUCAUCAGUGUCGUGAGCGACCUAAUAAUCCUCGUUCUACCGUUGCCAUUGACUUGGUCCCUGCAAAUGUCGCGCAGUCGGAAGCUUCGCGUGAUUGGAAUUCUUGGCGCCGGAGGUCUUGCGACCGGCUUCAGCGUGUAUCGACUGAUCCUCGUGCUGAAGAAUGGCAAUUCAUCCGAUAUGAGUAUCUUGUUCGUUUGUGUCAUCAUGUCCGGUAAUGCCGAGGGUGGCGUCGGAUUGAUUUGCGCCUGUCUUCCCAUUCUCAACGUGCUCUACCGCCACUACCAGAAAGAGUACUCCUCUCAACGAUAUUACAACCAGAGCUCCGAUAUUCACAUGGGCGAUCGCAAGUCUGGAAACAACUCUCAGUCUGCCAGCCGCUUUGGCAAGACGCCAAAUUUCGGCGAUCAAAAUGACCAAAGCCAUCUGAUCUCUUUCGCCGGAGCCCCAGAGGCAGCCGACUCAAUUUAUAAUGAUGAUGGAAUUAGAAAGACGGUCGCGGUGUCGCAGACCGUGGAAAGUGCCGACGGCGAGAGCCGAUGACACAAGUAAGAGAUGAUGUACUAUAGAAUAUACCUAGAUACCACAUACUGCAUAAUCAAUGUUAAAUGAUCCUUUUAUUUAUUCUUUCGUGGCUUGAAUGAUCACCUCAUCGCAGAGUUCGGGUCGAACAACCCUGAGUGAUGCCACAGGCCGUCUAGCCCAGAAUCAAACCCGACAGACCAAGACGCAUCGAUGAAAGGCCACUGAAACAUAUCAGUCUCAAGAUCAGGAUGACUUCCGGUUGUACUUGAAUCUUUCUGGAAAAACGCCACUUCGCCUUCGUCGCCAGGGGGUGAGACUGUGGGCCCGUGUGCUUGGCGCGUGCUUUGUUCUCCUCGAGCGUCCGCCGUCAUUGAUUUGGUUGUGUGUAGCUCGCGACUAGGCCGCGAACGAAUGUCACCAUAUUCGUCCAAGGUACCUGCCAAUGCAAACCGCCUAGGGCUAUGCAUGCCCGAUUCUGGGUGUGUCUGGGUACUCUUCACCGUCUCGUAGAAUCGAUUCGCAUCUUGAACGGUUCGCCACUAUGUUACGUUAGGUCAUCCGCACAGUCAACGGCGAGUUUUGGAAUAAUUUCUCACCCAACUUCUACCAACCGGCCACAAUGUACUCAGUCGUUCAAGAUACAUCAUAUUAUGGGUCUUUUCGUCCUCUGCUCGAUCAAGCCCUCCUGGAUAUCUUUGUGGUACGAGAGUACCAUACAUGUUAAUGUGUGCUGCAACAAAAACGCUAAAUCCUGAGUAAGGAGUCAUCACGGAUGCCUCAGAGGCUUCCAGUGCUGACAGAAUACUGCUGAUAUGCUGUGCGGCCUCGAACAGUUGUUGAAUCGUGUCAGGCUGAUAUUGAUCGUCGUCAGCCAUGUCGUGAAAAACAUCGGUGUGCGGCUUGAGAUUAGAAAGGAAGCGAUCACGGUGG